UUUGUCGACAUGCCAGCCUUAUUAACACGCACACAAUGGAGUCCCUGAAAAGGGGCCGCAAUUUGCUUUAUCAAAAUCUCUCAGAGUUGUGAAUAGCUACAUCAGAUCUCUUUUUAGUCGCGUUUCUCCUCAUGGAAAGAGCUCCAGUUUUCCUGGUCACUGAUCACUGCUCUCCAUCCCAGCAGUACCGUGAUCCUGCUGCUAUGCUGUCUCCUUGACACCCUCCCGAUGCAAGCCGACAGGCCUCGACCACACAAAUGAUAUAAAUAGAAACAAGGCAAAUGGGGAUGAUUAAAAGGCUUACUGGUCACCCGUUGUCACAAUUUUUUACAACAGCGAAGAGGAAUACCAUCAUCUCAAAGGCCAAACGUUUGAAUGCAAAAUAUGAACAAUUUCUGGAAAGAAACUUUCCACGUUUUUAUGUGAUCUACUCAACCUUUUUCAGAGGUUUCCGUUUAUUGUUUCUUGACUUUAAGGAAGUCAGUGGAAUAAAACAUAAGAUGACUGAUCAGGGGCUAAAGUACAGCCAGCUGCACUACAGAGAGAUGGAAAAAUUAAGGCGGUUUCGCAGAGAUAUUAUAAAGGUGAUACCUGUAGUGCUGCUAUCACUUCCACCAUUUGCAAACUAUAUGGUGUUUGUAUUGAUGUAUUUCUUUCCACGGCAGUUGUUAAUAAGUCACUUCUGGACCCCUGAACAGCAGAAGGAGUUCAUGGAAAUCUACCACUCCUUGCGGGCUCGGGUUUACCCAAAUGCUGUGAAGAAUUUGAUCAAAGCAGUGUCAAAAGUUCCAGACAAAAGACUGAAAAACGAACUGUUACAACUUGGCACGAAAGUUCAGGAAGGUAUCCACCCAGAAAUCUCCCAGCUGUAUUUGGUGGCAAAGCUGUUCUCGGGCCGUCCAUUAGAAAUACGAUACGUUAAUGCACGCCAGAUGAAAAUCUUGAGCCAAGUGAUGUUCCUCACUCCAUACUUGCCUACCUUCAUCAUGCGCCGUCGCCUCCGGAGCCAUAUAAUGGAGAUUCAUCAUUUGGACCAAGCUCUCAAUGUCUUGGGUGUUCAAAACCUGUCAGAGGACGAACUGAGGAUUGCAUGUUAUGUAAGAGGCUUGAACUCAGUGCAACUGAACGCAGCAGAGUGUAAGGAAUGGUUAACCAAAUGGGUCCAGCUUUCUAAGAAGUUAAAAGAUUCUGAAGCCUCGCUGCUGUUACAUAGCAUGGUGUUACUUUCCACAAAUUACCACAAUUCCAGAAAAAGCAAGUAAGCCUUAGAUGGGCAAUUCCAGUUUUGCAUUUAUGUUUACCUAAGACAUCUAUAUUGUGUUUACAACAUGUUAUUCCUACAUUACUGAAAGAAUGAGACUCCAGAAUUCAAAAGCUUGUCAUAUGGUGUAAUGAUUGUGUUUGGAGGCAGAUUUCCCCUAAUGAAAUUCAAUGCAUUUAUCUGAGUGAGAAAGAAAAAUGUAUAUUUUGUUUACUUAAAAGCACAUAGAUGAAUUAAUUUUAAAAAAUGUUUUUGGACCAAUACUUUUAGCUUACUGCAGUGGGAGAUCAUUUUUGAUAUGUUUGCAGUCAAGUCACAUGCAAAUGUUUGGUUAUUGGAAGAUUUGACCAGUAAUAGCAAAGGGAAACUUAAAAUUGUUGUUAAAACAAGAGAUUAAUAUAAUUUGUUAUAACUUAUGUGCAAAUGCCUUAGCAACUUCAGACAAGACCAAAUGUGUGAUCAAAUGCAGCAAUCAAUCACUGUUGCUGUCAAAGAUGCACUGCUCCUCCCUUAGCUUUACGGUAAAGGCAUGUCACUGUCAGGCUCAUUAUUCAAAUGCUUUGAGUGUAUGAAGCUUCGACAAUAUAAACAGCAUCUUUUUAAACAAAAAUUCACUGAAUACUUUAUCAAAUUUCCCCCAUUUCACUUUUCACAAUGCAGCUAUUGUUUUGCAGUUGAAAUAUAGAGGGGAAGUGGAAAAUUCAUUUUUUACAUUAGCAGAUGGAACUCAGGACUCAGGCCUACGAUUCACACUCUAUGCUAAAGCUAUUCAGGUCAAUGACACCAAAACUAAUUCAAAAUAUUGUAGAUGCUGGAAAUCUGAAAACCAAAUUCUGAAAACACUCAAAAGCGUUAGAAUGAGAAAUAGAGUUAACGUUUCAGAUGAAUGCCUUUAUCUUGUUUUUUUAAAGUGCCAUUUGUUCCAGUUUAUCUUUCAUGCUACCCUGUGAUGUAGUUUCACCACACUGGCAUACUGUCAUCUGAGGAGUGAGUUUUGCUAUUCAAAAUAUAUGGUUGCUUCAUGACGCUAAAGUUGAAGCACCAAUGCCAAGAAUCCAAUAGAAGGAGUUCACCAGAGCUUGUAUGGUGUACAGGGUCAUUUCUUUCUUAAAUUCAGAAUUCUGACUCUGUAGGAUCCUGGAUAAUUGUUGGUGUUUUCCCAACUCACAUUAGGUUUACUCCUCCUAAUUUUACCUCAAUCUUUAUACUGUAAUGCUGUGAUAUGUGUUUAGAGUACCUGAAGUACUGAUGAGUGAAGGUUGAAAUAUUUCUUUCAAAACUUGGACACAAGAUGAUAUAGGUGAUUUUCAUCAUUAGCAUCCAGCCUGUGGCUGAAUGGAUUGCCCUGCAAAAUGUCUAUCCAAUUGUGAGUGAAGAUGAAAAGAACCCUCCUAGCUCUGUACUUUCCAAAUAAGAGAAGCAAGUUAGUACCUGAAACUGUGUCAUUUAUUAACACAAAUGAACAACUUGAAUAGUUUAGUGAAUUUUGAGUUUAGAUUUCCCAAAUAGUGGACAUGAGCUAACAUUACUCCUGCAUGCCAAAGCAGGCAUUUGAAUUAAUAGCACCUACGUUGCACUGAUAACCUGUCUGUAUGUUCCACUACUACUGAUUAGUUGAUUGUUUCUUUGGAAUUGCACAUUGCAUAUGAUAUUUGGAAAAAAAGUUUACUUUGUUUUUUUAACGUGAAGAUGGAUGCUUUCAUUUCAUAAAUAUUUUUAUUCAAAGAUGUACUGUGAAUGGAUGUGUGUUUGGAGUGCUAAUGAGAAUUGUGUGUAAAUUGGACUCAAUUUUCGCUAAUUUCAAUGUUUUAAAAAUUAAAACUCCUGGUAUGUCAAUAAAACUAUUUUGU